AUGAACCUUUUUCCAACUGUUGGAGCAAAUGGUCCAUGUAGUGUUCACGUUAACUUUGGACAAAUAGGGUUUGUCUUUGUUGAAGCGAAUGUAAAAAAAUGGGGACUUGCUCCAAGUAUGGGAACACUUGCUCCUCCACCAGCUUAUGGUUCUGAGAGAGAUUCAAUUCUACUGCAAUCUAGCUCCAGAGGACGUCCAUCAGAAGAUUUUAAUCAUAUGCAUUAUUCGCACGAAAAUAAUGACAUCAUGAACGGCUUACCUUUGGACAUUUCUUUGAAUGACAUUCCUGUUUCACCACCGUCUUACUCUUCCGUAGACCGGUACUGUGAGCGUCAUUCUUUCAUGUCUGAUAGUUCUGAAACUUAUUUACUAGCAGACGAACAAAGCGAUUCUCGGAGGACAAGUUACGAAAAUCCAUCCAGAGAUCAACAACGAAAUGGCUGA